AGAUACAUCGAUGAAGCUGACCGAACGUACACACAUAUGCGCCAAUUCACAGUACAAAUUACAGCCUGGGUCUGGUUUUACCUCUGUACAGCUCCUACUACCUGCGUGCUAAUCUCAGUGAUCAGAUCCUCCAGGUGCAGUAUUUUGAGUCUUUGAUGCCCAACACCUUUGAGUCUGAGGGACGGGUGUUCAUUGCUCCGAGGCAGUACUGUCGAGAGCUCGAACAGUCUGAAAACAACACAGAGUUCCUUCUGAACUUCAUUACUCUGAUGGAGAAAGUGACUCCGGACUCCAAGCAGUGUGACAGCUUCCUGCUGCACAACCUCAUCUUGGACACGGGAAUCACGCGGGAUUUGGCUGACCGUGUUUGGAAGGACAAAGAUCUUCUCACUUAUGGGCUUCUGGCGGUCUUUGCGGCAACAGACGGUGGCAUCACCCGAGUCUUCCCCAACAAAGCCGCUGAUGACUGGUUGGAGGACAUGGAGCCUCACAAUGCCACCUUCUACCGAAGAAGUCUCGACAACAAAAGGCUACAUCUUUCGAGCACCAUACAGAGAACGUGAGUA